AUGACUGUAACAAAAAGGACAAUAACAAGUGUUGGCAAAGCCCUACCCAAGCCUUCCCCGUCCUCCUGCCGCGUCCCCCCCACCCUCCAACAUCCAAGAACACGGUCCCUGAGGGCCAGCUUCACGAAGAGAGGCUCCAUAAGGCGGUCACUGGACGCGCGUGUUACCGAGCCCGUUUUUGUUUUGUUUAAAAACCAGAUUCCUGUCAGAGCCCAGCCUCCCCACUCCCGCGGGAACAGGGGGAAGUGGCAGCGGGGGGCCGGGGUGGAGAGAGAGAAUAAAAGAAUGACCGAGUACAACCUGCCGUGCCAGCUAGCCGCAGAGGGCAGGAAAGGUAAGAGGCGGCUAGGAGGCCCGACGGCGGAGGGAACUGCUCCCCAGCCGUCCACGCCACCCCACGCGGCCGCAGCCUCCCGGGUCCCGCCCCGGCGCCGGCCGCCGCCUCCCGCCUUACCCGGCCCUCCCAGGACCCAGACCAGCUGCGCGCGGCCCAUCCCCCGCGCCGGGGUCUGUAACCUCUUCCCUCAGCCCUGCUCCGCGCCCCGCGCUCCUCGCGGGCGGGCGCGCCGCGCGCCUUCCCCUUUCUCUAAGUCCAGCUCCCCGACCGUUGCCCCGGGGCACUCAGCCCCCUGUCCCAGCUCCCGGCCGGUGUCACCGCCACAGCCUCCGGAAAACCCUCCGCAAACCCCGGAGCAAACAACACAGGCGCCGGGCGGGGGCGCGGAGGGAGGCGGUGGCACCCGGGACGGCAAGCCUUUCUCGCCGCACCCUCCGCGCUCCCCCCCUCCCACCAGCCUCGGCGGCCCGCGCUCUUACCUGCUCUCCGCGUCGCCCGGGAAGACCGCCGCGUCGCUUUCCCUCCUGGCAGGGCCGCGGACUAGCCGCCGCCGCCGCCGCGGCGUCCGGAGGGAGCCGGGGCCUCCCCGGCUGCCCGAGCCGCUCCACUGGGAGAGGAGGAGACAAAACAGCGGCGCGCCGCCCCGCGCAGAGCCCCCCGCCCGCGCCACCCCACCGACCCCCCAACCGCCGAGGCGACGGCGGCGACACUGA